AUGACGUCUCUAGCACCGUGGAGUGGACGCGGGUUGUUCGAUCCUUUCUCUACUGACAUAUGGGACCCAUGGGACAUCAGGCUGGACACGCUCUGGGACACUGGUGGUCGCCGGAGGGGGGCCGGCCGCGACGAGACCACCGCCGUCUCCCGCACCAAUACCGACUGGCGUGAGACCGAAAACGCCCACAUCUUCACCGUCGACCUCCCCGGGGUGAGGAAGGACGAGGUGAAGGUGGAGUUGGAGGAGGGGAACGUGCUGAGGAUCAGCGGGGAGUGGAAGAAGGAGGAGGAACAGACGACCGACACCUGGCACCGGGUAGAGAGGAAGCGGGGGAGGUUCGCGAGAAGGUUCCGGCUGCCGGAAAACGUCAACCUUGAAGAGAUCAAGUGCUCGCUGGAGAACGGGCUGCUGCAGAUAACGGUGCCCAAGAAGGAGACCUCCGGGCAGCAGCAGAAUGUCAGGACCAUAACCAUAGGCUGAUGAAGAUGAAUCUGAUGUCCAUCGUCCUUCCUCGUGCUGCUGCUGCUUCUCCUAGAGUGGCCUAGUGGUCGCGUAUAUAUAUGCAAAGAGAGGGAGAGAAAGAUGGAGAGAGAGCGAUCUGAAGUAACAAUUGCACCGUCGGCUAAGCUGUGAAUGAAC